ACGUAUGAGAAAUAUGUGAGGGUAAAAUGGGUCCACUGUUUUGAAUUUUGUGAGGGAAUCACCUGAAACAGGUCCAAAAAAGGAUUUUAAAGAAUACUUUUUUUCCCUGGAAUGACUUUGCUGCGUCGAUUCAUUGCCGUGCAAUUAACUUCCAGAACGCCUAUUAUGUCUCGACCGCUGAGUACAACAACUAUGUUCCACCACAAUAAGGAGCUUGGCGUAGAACGUUAUGAUGGACAGGAAGUCGAUUUAGUUGAAAUUAAGGAAUGGCUCUCACAAUAUGAGGGAGGAAGUGUUGCACUUGAGACUAAUGAAGCUACUGGUGUUGCAGAAAUAAUUUUGUGUCACCCAAAGAAAAAGAAUGCUUUGAGUGGAAUAAUGAUGGUUCAGUUGGGCGAUAUUAUUGAAAAGCUGGAGAAAUGGUCAAAUGGAAAAGGCAUUCUUGUUAGAGGUGAUGGUAGUAUGCUGUGUUCAGGAGGAGAUCUUGACUUUGCCAGAGCGUCAGCUGGUGCUGAAGGUGGUUUUAAAAUGUCAUGUUACAUGCACAAUAUUUUGAGCAGACUGAAAGCCUUACCAAUGGUCAGCAUGGCUCUCAUUCAUGGACAAGGCGCAAUUGGUGGGGGUGCUGAAAUUGCAACAGCAUGUGACUGGAGAUUAAUGACAAGCACAUGCCGUGGUAUUGGUUUUGUUCAUACCCGUAUGGGUAUCGUACCUGCAUGGGGAGCAACUUCUCGACUCGCAACCAUUCUUGGGUCUCGCAUGGCUCUUGACUUGAUAUCCUCUAGCAGAAUUGUUUCACCAGAAGAAUCUCUUAAGAUAGGUUUGAUUGAUGCCAUUGUGGAUGCGGGACCCGAAGGUAAUGGUCUUAAUGAUGCUUCACUAUGGCUCUCAAAUCAUAUUCAGGCUGAUCCACAAGUAAUUCGUGCUGCCAAGCUCACCUUGACCCAUUAUGACAACUCUGUGGGCUUUACUCAAGUUUUGGAAGAGGAAAGAAGACUGUUUGCACCAUUAUGGGGGGGACCAGCAAAUCAGCAUGCUCUUAACAGUCGUAUUAAACAUUUAAAAUAACUACAAAACAUGGUAAAUCACAAAUAUACUUAAAAUAUUACUCUUUAAA